AUGGAUCUCUCGGGUCAACCGCAAGGCGGCAACAACGCCUCUCAGUCCAGGGCUGGAGCACCGACGAUUCGUUGGGACGGCGACCAGAUGCUCCACAUCUAUGUAUGCGACUACCUGCGUAAGCGAGGCUUUGACCAGGCCGCACAGGCUUUGAGGCACGAAGCAGGGCUAGAUCCGCAACACAAAGUGCCCAUCGAUGCUCCUCAAAGCCUUCUGUUUGAGUGGUGGGUGCUCUUCUGGGACAUCUUCGCGUCCAGGUCGCAUCAGCGUGACACAGCUGCACCCGGAAGCAUCUCGGUAAAUGCUGAGACGUACGCAGCCUAUCGGCCGCCCGGAUUGGUCAACAUCACCUCGAACGGUCAGCAUUCGCAGCUCGGAGUUCACAGAGCAGAGCCUGCUUUCGCCACUGCCCAGGCUCACCGUCGAGGGCUUACCAUGACAACAUCACAGGCUCCUUCUAUCGCGUGGCAGACUGGUUCAGGCUCCUCAUACAAGUCAUAUGGCCUUUUGCACGCACCAUUGAUGUUACAAGAGGGCUCGUCAUCUCGAUCAUCUGGGCCGGACGUGAAGAAUUUUCAGCAGCCACAGCAGCAGCAGCAACAAAGGAGGGCAUCCGUAUCACAUCUGCCGCAGCUCGAUCUGGAGGCAAGCCAACAGCUAGGACUGCCCCGCCUUGCUAGCCGUGUCGUGAUACAGCAAUGCAUGGACAUGAUGAGCCUCGGUGGCAAGGAGAUCGACCAGUUGACUGCGGCGGAAAAGCAAGCGCUGGCCAAGCGUGUCAUGCGCCUGCAGACGGCACAGAACGACGCCCAAGUGCGACUGGCGCAACUGCACGGCCUGCAGCCUCCGAAACCGCUUGUGCCUAGCUCGCUCGCAACACUGCAGACGCAGGGUCAAUCGCUGGUGGCGCGGUUAUAUCAGGAUUCAGCAUCAUCUUCGGCGGCGUCGACCUCUCACCAGGCUCAUGCAGGAGAGAAGCGCAAGGACUCGCCCAUGGCAGACGCCGACGGCGGCAGGAUGGCGACAGGACCAGGACCAGGACCGGGCCACGUGAAUCAGAAAGUGCUGGCGCAACAGGCGUACUCGAUGCGACGGCUCUCGCAUCCCGGCGUCGUCGCAUCGCAAGGUCUUGGUUCGCCGCUCACGCCGUCGAGCGGGCCAUCCGGAGGUCUGUCUUUUUCGCACAAUUCUCCGUAUCCAAUGGUGCAGCACAGUCCCGCUUCCAGCGCUCCCACGCCAUCGGCUCAUCCGACGAACCCGCAGAUGCGUCGACCGUCCGUACUCGGAUACGAAUCGGUAGCUCUGCAAGCAGCUAGCCCGCACAGACCGAUGUACGCUUCCGGCCUCGCUUCUGCUUCGCCGGUGCCAAUGUCGUCAGCCAGCCCUCUGGGCGAGUGGCAUGCAGACGCGCAGCAACGAGUUACACCCCUGCUUCAGCAGGACGCGCCACGUCCCUCCGUCAUGAUGGGCGGUAUGAACCAACAGCCGUCGCCCUCAGCCUCUCAAGCUCACGUUCAGCAUGCACUCUUGUACGCUUCGCGGCAUCAACAGCCGGGUGUAUCGCAAGCAUUCUCGGGGCUGCCCUCGGGAACAGCAAAUACAAGACCGCCGCAUACCGACGUAGCGGUGUCGAAGGACACCGCAGCGCCGCAGACGUAUCAACUCUCUCUGCCGCCUGCAAACAGCAUCUCGGUGUUUGGGACGGCGACAACAGGAGCAACAGCGGCGUUGGACGAUGUCAGAGCGACAUCGCAGCCACUAACACCCUUUGCCGACUUGGAGUACGACUUUAACGUCUUGCUCUCCAAUUCGACUCGGUUGAAUCGGUAG